UGGUAGCACUGACAUUCACCUUUAUAGUCGUUCAUUCAUGUUCAAUCAAUACUUCAAAAUUUCAAAUCACUUUUCGUGCGUCAUUCGUGGUCAUAUUCAUUUUCAUUCAGCAUUCAUGUAUAAAAAAGUUCAUCAGUCAGGAAAGAAAUUCUAUUCUGUUGCUUUGUUGUGAUUGCGAUUUUCAUUAUAGAUUUUGAUAAAUCAGUAAUAUAUAUUUUAUAUUUAAACUAAAUCCUCCGAGCCUACGACGCCAAAUAUUGAGUUUUUUAUCUUAUAAAUUCCUGAACCGUAUUAUUGUCAAAAUUCUAUCCUUGUACUGGUUUGUGUGUGGUUUCAAGCAAGAAGCUUCAUCUCAUCUUUGAGGAGGGGAAUCUUGUCACGAUGAUAGCUAACAACAGAACAGAUAGAUCCAGGUCGCCUCACAGGACCGACAAUGUUGGUCGCAGACGCGAUAACAAAACUCAAGAUUCUACUAAAUCAAUGGAUAACAUGCCCAAUGUCAUGAAUCCUAUGAUGAUGACCAACAUGUUUCCACAAGCUAACAUGAUGAUGGCCAGUGGAAUGUACCCCAACAUGAUGCUGCCUGGGCCAAUUAUGGGUGGAGGCAUGAUGCCUGGCCCAGGAAUGGAAAUUAUGCAAGGUCCUGGUAUGGAUAUGGGCCCACCACCACCUAUGGAUAUGUCAGGAAUAGGAGGUCCGCCUAUGGCAUCCGCACCUGCUCCACCUAUGGAAAUGGGAAUGAUGGGUGGAAUGAUGAUGGAUCCCAGCAUGAUGGGAAUGUUUUCUAACAUGAGUGGAGAUGUACCUUCUAUGCAGGAAAAGAAAGAAUUAAUUUUUAAGCAUGCUAGGCUUUCUCCUCCUGACUCAGGCACUCCUCAACCUCCCCGUCGAGGUAAACCUCCUGGUUGCCGAACUAUAUUUGUAGGUGGGUUACCAGAUAAAAUUAGAGAAAACAUUGUGAGAGAAAUUUUUGAAACUUAUGGAAGGAUUCAUACUUUGAGAUUGUCAAAGAAAAAUUUUUGUCACAUUCGUUUUGAUAGAGAAGAAUGUGUAGAUCAGGCAAUGAUGAUAUCCGGGUAUCAUAUUAAAUUGAUAAAUAUUAGUGACAAUGAUGAUAUGAAUGAAGAUGAUGAUGAUGAUGAAAGUUCAAAUGCUACAUCUGGUUGGUUACAUGUCGACUAUGCAUUGAGCCGUGAUGAUCAGAAUGAUUUUGAGCGGCGACAGAGACAAGCUUUACGAGCACAGCAAGUACAGAUGCAACAGAUGAAUGUUCAGCAAGAAAUUGUACACCGCAACAUAAACCCAUUUGUGGAUCUAAGGAGAAGAUCACCAUCACCACCAAGUAGAGUACAACCUUAUACUAAUGCUUCUAUGGUGCAGCUAGCGGAAAAACUAAAAAAUGAGGAACAAUUCGCGGUGACUUUACCAACAUUACUUGCAUGGUUGGAACGAGGAGAAUGCUCCAAGAAAAAUGCCAAUCAGUUUUAUACAAUGAUUCAAGCAACAAAUACACAUAUACGCAGAUUAUUUAAUGAGAAAAUGCAGGCUGAAGAAGAACUACAGAAUUGCAAGGAUCGCGUCAAGAACCAUAUAGCAAGUGUGAUUGAACAACUCGAACAGGUGGCGAAAGUGUUUGCCGCAGCGUCUCAUCAACGUGUAUGGGAUCACUUCACAAAACCGCAGAGAAAGAACAUUGAGACGUGGCAGAAAAUGACACAGGAGUUUAGUUCACUAAAAGAAGAAUUUCUUGAAAAGUUUGGGGACGAUCGCGAUGGCGAUUACAAUGGCUUGAGUCGAGCCUCAGAAAGUGAAGAAUUGCAACAGUUAAAACGAGAAAAUGAAAGUCUACAAUUUCAAUUGGAAGCAUAUAAAAAUGAAAUUGAAGUCGUAAAGUCCGAUACAAUGAAGGAGAUGGAGAAAUUCAAAGCACAGUUUAUUGCACGACAAGCCUUGCAAUGUGCACUGGACAAAAAUCCGCCUCUGCCAUCGCCGAUUGUAAAACCACCUCCACCGCCACCUCCGCCGUUGCCUGAAGAUGUGCACUCAUCAGGGCAUUCUAAGGAGACUGUCGAAGCAGGCUGCGGAGAAGCCAAGCUAAUUGGCGUUAUGUCGGCGUUCUUACAGGUACACCCACAAGGGGCUAGCUUGGACUACGUAGUAUCGUAUGUCCGCGCCCUCUUCCCACAGGUCUCUCAAGCUACAAUACAUCAUGUGCUGCAAAAACACACGGAUGUCUUCGAACGUACCACAAGCGGAGUCGGCGCUAACAUUGAAAAUAAAUGGUACUUUAUUGCAUUCAACAAAAUCAUCAAUAAUGACAAGAAAACUUAAAUGUAAAACAGACAUUUAUAACCUUAUUUGCAUAUCAAAUACCUAUAGUUUUUGUAGUGGUUGUAAUUAAUCUAUGUAUGUGGGUAUUUAACGCAAUAAUCAAGAACAAAUUAAAACUGUAUUAUGUACAAAUUAAAUUAGCAAUUUUCGCUACCAAAAGAUUACUUUUUGUAACAUAAUGCAAGUGUCUAGAUAAUUAAAGAACGAAGUUUGUCCGUUUCCCCUAACAAUUAAUUAUUAUAAUUAAACAAAGAAAACUAUGAAUCCUAAAAGGGUUGAUUAUUUAUAAAUCGAUCUGGUGGUAACUGUUAAGAUUACAAAUAGUAAUUAUUUUAUUAAAUUUAUAUUUACAGUACAUAAAGUAUUUUUUAACAACUUUACCCCAUUUGAAAGGAGUGUGGUUUCUCAAAAUCUUUAUUACCUACCUACUAAACAAAAGAUCAAAAUGUAGAUUUAAGUUUAUUUUUCGUAUUACGUGAAUGGAUACAAGGGAAUUUCGAAGACCUGAUUAAAAAGGCAUAUAGUGUGAUAAAUUAUUAUUUUUUAUUAAAAAUGUACUAGAUUUGUUUAAGAGUCUAUGUUCCAAAAAUUCUAAGUAUUCAACGUCAUAUGAAGCUAACUUUGUGACUGAUAAGUAUGUAUGUAGGGGUUAUAUGUCUUAACUAAGUGACUUAAUAAACUGUGUUUUAGUA